AUGGGGUCCCCCCAGGGGUACCGAGCUUCGUGGUGGACGUUCCUUCUGCACCAGGCACCGCACAUCAACUUCCAGUUUGAGGCCGUGGCGAGCGAAAUUGCUCCAGAUGACUGGGAUUACCAGCAGGCAUUGCUCUUUCUGGCCAGCAUCUCGGGCCUGUGCUUUGCCAUCAGCCUGGUUCUCAUCUGCGUCUACCUGGUCCGUUUCUGCUGCUGCAGCAACGAAGACGAUGAGGAAACCAAGACUCAGAGGGUCUGCUGCGUCACCUGGAGCUGCGUUGCGGCCGUCAUUGUCUGCUGUGCUGGGAUUGGCAUCGGUUUCUAUGGAAACAGUGAGACCAACGAUGGUGUGUACCAGGUCACAUAUUCGCUACUGAACGCCAAUCACACGCUAAGCUCCAUCGAUACUCUGGUCUCCGAGACAGUGGAGCUUCUUUCAGCCACAGUACGGGGCGAGCUCACGCAGCUUGAGGAGACGCUAUCCCCCCGGACCGAGCUGGUGGCCGUGGUCCGGAACACGCGCCGCCAGGCCGAAGCAGUAGCCCAGACCCUGGAUGGCAUUCCUUUCUGGGGGGAGUCACGUGGCGGGCCCAGCCUCCUAGCAGAACAAGUUGGCGACCUGGAAGACUACAGGUGGCUGGCCUACAUUCUGCUGCUUCUCCUGGACCUCGUCAUCUGUCUCUUCACCCUGCUAGGACUAGCGAAGCAGAUCAAGUGGCUGGUAAUCGUAAUGACUGUGAUGAGCUUCUUUGUUCUCAUCCUGAGCUGGGGGUCCAUGGGGCUGGAGACCGCAGGAGCUGUGGGACUGAGUGAUUUCUGCUUUGAACCAGAUGGCUAUGUGAUGAACACAACUCAAGCCAGGACUGGACUCAGCCCAGAAAUCCUGCAAUACUACUUAACCUGUAGCCAAGACAUCUUCAACCCUUUCCAGCAGAGGCUCACUUUGUGUCAAAGGGCACUGUCCAACAUUCACUCUCAGCUGUAUGGGCUGGAAAGAGAGGCUGUUCCUCAUUUCCCAGCAUCUGAGAAGAGCAUCUUAUCCAUCCAGAGCACUUUGAACACCACUGAAAGCAACUUCCAUCACCUGGUUGCUCUGUUAAACUGUCGGGGACUUCACAAGGACUAUGUGGAUGCCCUGAAAGGGCUGUGCUACGAUGGCAUGGAAGGGCUGCUCUUCCUACUUCUCUUCUCCUUCCUCUCCGCCCUUUCCUUCACCACAGCUGUCUGCAGUUUGCCCCGUGCCUGGAAGAGAUUCCAGAACAGGGACUCGGACUACGACGACAUGGAGGACGACGACCCGUUCACGCCCCAGGCACGUAGGCCGCCGACGGCGCGCGCGGGGGGGGCCGGGCCCACCCUGCCCGGCUCCUAUAGCCACUGUUCAAGCUGGGGCAGCCGCGGCAGCCUGCGCCUCUCAGCCCCCCCCAUUUCCAACGCCCCCGUCUCACAGUACAUGAGUCAAAGCGCUUCGUACAGUGGCAGUCCUCGAUUUGAGAGUGUCCCCCUCAUUGACCGGCAUUCCCCACCCCCUUCGUAUUCCCCCAGCAUGCGAGCGUCCUACGUUGGUGCUAGCGAAGAAGUGGACCUCCCCUACCGGACCGGAUUCCUGCCCUAGAUGCACCCCAGAAGAUCCCAACCCACAUCCAAGCCAUCUGACUAACCCAGAGCAGACCUCCCCACCUCUUAUCGGAGCACAAAUGAAGUGAGCCCUCUCACCACGUGCCCCCUGCCCCUUCACCUGGAUCUCUUCUUCACUCAUUUCAUUUGCCUGACCUCUGUAAAAAAAGUGAAGGAAGAGGAAAGUGGGGAGGUCACCCCUUAUGAAGGGACGUUCACAGAGGCAGGAGCUGAGGAGUGAGAAAAGGCAAAGGAAAGGGAUCAAAGAAAAGAAUGUAAAAAUAAGUGGCAUGGUUGACAGAUGAGACAAGUAAGGGCUUUCCACAUGAAACACUUAUUGUGUGCUCUAGUUUCACUUCUGUGUCUAACCAGCACUUUCAGCUACAAGUUUUUGUAGAACUGGGAAAACGUGGCAUUUAAUUGUGAAAGCAAAAAAAAAAAAAAAGGCUUCUUCUUACACAGUUGUGCUAUUCUGCUAGACCACAGCACCACCUAGAGGUUAUACAGCAGAAAAGCAGAAAGGGAGAAAGGGAAGCACUCCUUGUGUAGUUCUUGGGUAUCACUUCUGUGAUGAAAGGGAAAGUAGAUGCAGCUUGAGCGGAUUAAGAGCUGAUUAAUAGGCUCUUGUAGAAAAAAGCUCUAAAAGGCAAAAGGGAUACCUGAAUACAUGGGUGAAAGAAGGACUGACAGACACCAGCUGGUGAUAGAGAAACAAAUACAAAUUUAGAGUGAGCGCAUGGAGAUUUAUGUACAAUUAAGUGUGUGCAAGAGCUGAUAAAUGCGUGAAAAUAUGGAGGGACCGGAUGAGUGAAAGAAGGGAUAGAUGAAAGAGCAAAAGGCUGAGGGAGACAAAGGGUGGCAAGCUAAGCUUGAAACACUGAAACAGCUAAAACCACCCGGCAAGAGACUCACCCCUGCUCCAUGCUCUCAUACUGGGCAUACCAGAAAGGUGAAGCACACCCCUGGGCCCCACAGGGAAGGGGGGAGUCCAGUGGGGGCCUCAAGCUACCCCUGCUCCCCAACAGCCUCCUUGCUCCUCAUUAGAGCCCCCCAACACUAACAAAUGUUUGGAACUUGCCCAGAUUAAAAUAAAAGGGAAAAUUUAUUUUA